AGACGUCCAGCGACCGGCGAUCCGAGCAGACGCACCAAGUAUUAAGCCUGUGGUCAAACCGUAAUGAGAUCCGACUUCAAAAUGAAAACCCAGGUAGACUGAGCUAAGACUACAACGCGAGGAAAACAAAUAUGCCAAACGUCCGUAUCGAUCGGGGCUUCCUUGAUUGAACUCGUAGUGUAAACCGCGAUCCUCCGUCCGGAUUUCAGCAACUAAGUAUUAUGCUCUCGCUGCUGCCGCACCACCCGCUCGUCUGCCGUUGCUGCCUGCUGGAGCAACCGCCGCUCUACCACAGUCUCCAUGACGCCUCCAGCCAGCUGGCGGUGGAGCUGAAGGCCCUCGCUCCCUCCCUGCGCCUGGAUCCCGGCGACAACCUCACCGAUGUGAUCUGCGAUCUGUGCCUUCGUCGCCUGCACGACGCCCGCGACUUCCAGCGGCGUUGCGAGCACUCCGAGCAGGUGCUCCGCAUGCGGCACGAGCACUGGAAGCACACGGUGGCCGUGGGAGACGCCUUGGCCCUGGACGAUGUGCUUGAGUGCCUGGAGCGAGAAGUGGGCAGCCUGGAGGGACCGAUGUCCAUGCCCCUGCAAACAACCAAGCCGGUGGCACAUGUGGCGCCCCUAAUGGAGACCGUUGAUUUUGAAAGCCUGGACUUCCAAGACAACUCGCUCAGUGGACAUGAUACUCUCUCGUACUGGGAAUCGUCGGUGGAUUCGGGCAGCCUAAACACUCCGCAUCACCAGCCGGAGACCGCCGAGUUCUUUGCAGUCGAGCCCCCCACGCCGCCGGAAUCAUCCGAAGAGCCGGCACCGGAAGCCGCAGAAAAGCCCAAGAUGCGGAGACCCAGGCCGCGCCAGGAUAAUGUCAAGCCCAGGGAGAAGGCCGCUGGUGCCGUGCACCCGCGAUCCUUGCACCCGUGCCCCGAGUGCGAGAAGAAGUUCACUCGCAACUUUCAGCUCAAGCUGCACAUGACAGCCGUGCACGGCAUGGGCGAGAUGAGGUACCAGUGCGAGGAGUGCGGCAAGAACUUUGCCUCGCGGCACAGUCUUCGCUACCACGUGAAGUCGGUGCACUCAACGGAGCGGCCGUUCGGCUGCCAGCACUGCGAGCGCCGCUUCAUCCUGCGCACGCAGCUGCUGUCCCACCUGCGCACCCAUACCGGCGAAGCCAAGCCGCGCAUAUUCGAGUGCCAGCGCUGCUCGAAGAGCUGGCCCACCAAGUCCGACCUCCGCACCCAUAUGCGCUCCCACAACCCCAACAUGGAGCGGCCCUUCAAGUGCGAUCGCUGCUCGAAGGCCUUCUUCACUCGUGGCCACCUCAACUCCCACCUCCUGGUACACACCGGCGAGAAGCCAUUCGCCUGCGAGUACUGCGACAAGUGCUACCAGAGCGUUGGCAACCUGAAUAACCACAUGGUGCGCCUGCACGGAAAUAUCAUUGAGGCCCAGUUGGAGACGGAGGGCAUCGAGAGCUGAGGCCCCCACACGCAUCCUAGGAAGAGGCUGCUUUAAUUAUGGUUGGGCAUUGCAUUAUUACUGCCCAACAAUGGAUUUGGCAAGCAUUUCCUAUGCCCAGUCGUCUUAUCUUAUCAUAUUUGUCGCAGUGUCGCAAACCAAAAGCGCUUGAUUGCCAAACGCAGCUGCGAGCAGAAAGUGGCGAAAUACCCAGCAUUCAAAAAAACCGAAAACCGAAGGUUUGAUGUGUAAUCAAAGUAAGAUUAAAGCUUAAAAGAUGCGGUGUCAAAGCGUACAUCAGCUAAAAUAACAAUUCCCAAAAAUAAUAUGACGCAAUUAAAUUUAUGGCUAUGUGACGAUUACUAAUGUUCCAGUAUCUGAUCAUUUGAGAGCUUACUUCAAAUGAUUUUGCCAAGAAUGCUAAUUUUCAAAAAUUUCCAUAAUAUGUUCAACUCCACCACGAUGAUAGCACGUACUUAUUAACUAAGGACUCUGCCCAAUAUUUACUUUAGGCUUAUAAAACCCAAUUCAGGGCUUAUCGCCCAAAGCCUCGGUUUAUUUGCACGCGUGCUCUUAUGUGUGUGUCUACCACCUAUUUAGAACAAAAAUAAAAUAUGUGAGCACAGA